AUGCGCACAGGACUCGGGUUCCAGUUUAACUCUGUUAGAUUCGCAAGCUCGAAGAAGGCGUGCCAGGGCGCCGAAAAAACUGAGCGUCCAGGAAGGCGUAGGCGCCAUCUCCAAAGUGGCCAGGAGACCCGCUGCAUGCCAAUGGGCCCGUUUGGGCAGCACACUAGCUCCUACAAUAUCAGGGCUGUGCACACAAAAACAGAGUCGGUAGUGGAGUUUUUGCAAAAAGGGCUUUCGCUCGACUCUCUUUAA